AUGUCGAAUUCGACGGCUAGCUACAAGCAGCAGAAAGAGGCUUUCGUCUCGGGACACAAUGGCGGCUCCGUUGCAGAGAUACUUGCCGUGACGGGCGUUGCUCCGGUUGCCCUCGUGCUCUGGUCCGUCCUACAGACGCGCCAGUCGUUCUUCGACCCAUACACCCCCAUAGCUUUUACUGUUGACUUCCUUCUCAACAUAAUUGCUGUGCUUCUUGCAACAACUCUAUAUGCCCACGCACCGGUUCUUCUCAUACUACUACUUGCCGCCCCCGCCGUGCUUCUAUACGGUAUUCCUGCGGCAAAUGCCUCCAGGCGCCGACCCAAGAAGCCUAAGCCCACCGAGGCCCAGAAGCAGGCAGAUGUGCUCUCAUUAAAGCCAUUUUUGACAAACUACCGUGGCAGCAUGCUCGCCCUGACAUGUCUAGCAAUCCUAGCGGUUGAUUUCCCCAUAUUCCCCCGUCGCUUCGCCAAGGUCGAGACCUGGGGCACGUCUCUGAUGGAUAUAGGCGUAGGCUCUUUCGUCUACUCCGGGGGUCUCGUUUCGGCUCGCCCAGUGUUGCGGGAGGUUGCCAGCGGCAAAUCCGCACCGCUGGCGCAGAAACUGAUAUACAGCCUCCGUCACUCAUUUCCGCUUUUGGUUCUCGGCGUGAUCCGACUACUAUCCGUCAAGGGACUAGACUAUGCAGAGCACGUCACUGAGUACGGCGUGCACUGGAACUUUUUCUUCACCUUGGGAUUCCUCCCGCCUUUUGUGGCCAUUCUGCAGCCUUUCCUACGCAUCAUACCCUCAUACGCCGUUCUCUCAAUUAUCCUAGGCGUCGUCUACCAAAUGCUGCUUGAAAGCACCCGCCUCAAAGCCUACAUCCUGAUCGCCCCGCGUACCGACCUGAUAUCCAUGAACAGGGAGGGCAUAUUCAGCUUCUUGGGCUACCUGGCCAUCUUCUUCGCAGGCAUGGACGCUGGCACUUAUGUCCUCCCACGGACGCUAGGCAAUGAGCCCGCCAGCCCCUCCGGCGCGCGGAAGAAGCUGCUCGUGAGGAUGGGGUUGCGCACGGUGCUCUGGACGGCGCUCUACGUCUUCACGACAAACUUCACCUAUGGCCAGGGCCUGGAUGUGUCCCGCCGCAUGGCGAACCUGCCGUACGUGCUGUGGACCGCAUGGUACAACUCGGCGCUGCUGAUGGCGUUUUGCGUCGUCGAGGCGCUUUUUUUUUCCCCCACAGCCUGUUACGGAAACAGCAGCGCCCACGUCUCAGACGGGAGGGCUGAGAAGGAGGCGCACAAUGCGGCCACGAGCCGGGUACUACGUGCUUUUAACAAGAAUGGGCUGGCCGUGUUCUUGUUGGCGAACCUGCUUACGGGAGCGGUCAACAUGACGCUUCCUACGUUGACUGCUGGCCCGCUGCUUGCGAUGGGCAUCUUGGUGGGGUAUGCUCUGGUCGUGACGGGGGUUGCUGUGAUUCUGGAUGUCUAUAAUAUCUCAAUCAAGCUGUAG